AUGGCUUACUUCAAUUCUGCACGUCUUGCCCUUGUGCUGCUAGCCUUGAUGUCUGUGACCCUUGUAACCUCUGGAUUUCCCCAGCACCGGCUAGGAUCUUUACGUAACCCCUCUGCUAUUGGCCCGGAUGAUUCCAAAACUGACCAAUGGGAGAUGCACUACCCUUCCAUAUCGCUCCGUGAUUGGAAUAUACAGAUGCUCUCAGCUCCCUACUUUGGUUCAGCCAAUAAGCGAAAGCCAGAGAUUCUUGGUGGGGAUGAGUGGGACCCUCUUAGCCAAUCGCAAUUGGAGGAGGAGGUGGCUAAGACUUGGAUGGGUGACUGGAUGGCUCAACCGGUGAAUGAAGAGAAGAGGAAUAUUGUGGUGGCAGAUGAUGCCGCCUUUCGAGAGAAGAGCAAACUUCUGACAGCAAUGGAGAGACAGAAAUGGCUCAAUUCUUACAUGCAAAAGCUAUUGGUUGUGAACUCAUAG